AGCCCAAACUGAGGAGCACGGCCGAGCCAUCAGCUGGAGCUUCCAUCCAUGGCUCUGCUCCGCGCCGCCGCCGCCGCCCUCCGCCGCCGCGCCCGCGUCGCCGCUCUCCCGGCCAUCUCCCCCUUCCCCCACACGCACGGCCAAACCUCCUCCCCGUCCCCCUCACCCGGUCCCGUCUCCAACCCCGCCGCCCGGCGCCACCUCAUCACCCUAAGCCGCCGCAGCCGAUGCCUUCGCCCGCCCUCCGCCUCCGCGGCGGCGUCCUCCCACUACAUCGACAGGAUCUUGCUCCCCAGCAGCUUCUCGCACCCGCUCUCGACCUCCUCCCGGGACAAGGACACGGACAGGGACAAGGAGGAGAGCAUCCCGCCGCUGCCGCCGGCGUCGUGGGUGGAGAGGUUGCUGCCGGAGGCGGCGCGGCCGUACGCGAUGCUCGCCCGCCUCGACAAGCCCAUCGGCACCUGGCUCCUCGCUUGGCCCUGCAUGUGGUCGAUCACCAUAGCAGCGAUGCCGGGGAAGCUCCCCGACUUGAAAAUGCUGGCGCUCUUCGGGUGCGGGGCUGUCCUCCUCAGGGGGGCUGGUUGCACGGUGAAUGACCUUCUCGAUCGCGACAUUGAUAACAAGGUUGAGCGCACCAAAAGCAGGCCCUUUGCAUCAGGCGCUCUAACCCCUUCUCAAGGAGUGGCCUUCCUUGGAGCUCAGCUACUGCUGGGAUUGGGCAUUCUUCUCCAACUUAACAACUUCAGCCGUGUUCUUGGGGCAUCUUCUCUUCUUCUGGUGUUUUCUUAUCCCCUGAUGAAGAGGUUCACAUUUUGGCCUCAGGCAUAUCUCGGCUUGACCUUCAACUGGGGAGCUUUGUUAGGAUGGGCUGCUAUCAGAGGGAGCUUAGACCCUGCAAUCAUCCUUCCACUGUAUACUGCUGGUAUAUGUUGGACAUUGGUGUAUGAUACCAUAUAUGCACAUCAGGACAAAGAAGAUGACCUCAAAGUAGGUGUCAAGUCCACAGCAUUAAGGUUUGGGGAUUCAACCAAGCAAUGGAUCAGUGCCUUUGGCGCUGCAUCUAUUGGCAGUUUAGCGCUCAGUGGCUACAAUGCUGAACUUGCGUGGCCCUACUACCCUCUCCUGACAGCUGCAGCUGCACAUUUGGCAUGGCAGAUUUCAACCGUUGACUUAUCUGACCGUGCAGAUUGCAACAGGAAAUUUGUCUCAAAUAAGUGGUUUGGAGCUUUGGUAUCCAGUGGAAUUUUGUUGGGACGACUUGCGUCGUGAUAGAUACAUACAGUCAGGCGCGAUGUGCCAGUACGUUCUUUUCUAUAGAAUUUUGAUAGCUCUGACAGAACCAGUACAUUUCUGUGACUAGUGCGAGAAGGACAGAGAGAUUGUUUUAACCUUGUCAUCUGCUAAGUGCAGCGUACUUCAGAAUGAACAUCUCAGGUUAUUUACUGGGCGUUUCGUCGUUCCCCGUUCUCUCCCCGGUGGCAAAGCAAGGAAAACAGGGGAAUAACACUGUUGUAGAACACAUUGCUGUGCAUUUAUGUGAUUAUUAUUCUGAUAUAGGGUCUCCACGACGAGACCAACGAUAGAUAAUCCUCUUGGGAGCUCAAAACAUGAUUCAGCCUAACACUGAAUAUUUGGGAAGAUGGCUGUCAGUCUUCCAGUUCAUUUUUCACACCUGUGGGCUGUGACUAGCUCAGAGUGGCUGGGCAAAACUCUUGGUGCAGUAAACCGAAUAUACCGAUGGAUUAGUGGUGCA